UUCCUCGCCGUCCAGAUGCAGUUUCGACUCUUCUCAUUUGCCCUGAUAGUAUUGAACUGUAUGGAGUACAGCAACUGUCAGGCGCCGGUACAACGCUGGAAGAGAAACAAAAGAGCUAGCUAUGGAGCGUACCCCAUCUGUAAAGGCUGCUCGGUUUGCUCCAGAGACAAUGGCUGUGUAAACUGUCAGCCCAAACUCUUCCUGUUUCUGCGGAGAGAAAGGAUGAGACAGUAUGGCGAGUGUCUUCAUGACUGUCCAGCUGGUUAUUACGGCAUGCGUAGCCCCGAACUCAACAUGUGUUCCAGGUGCAGGAUAGAGAACUGUGAGUCUUGCUUCAGUAAAGACUUCUGCACCAAAUGCAAGUCAGGCUUUUACCUACACAAAGGACGAUGUUUUGACAAGUGCCCCGAGGGCUUUGCCCCACUAGAGGAUUCCAUGGAAUGCGGAGAUGGCUGCGAGGUUGGGCAGUGGAGUGAAUGGGGAGCUUGUACCAGAAGAAACAAAACCUGCGGUUAUAGGUGGGGUCUUGAGACCCGGACGCGGCACAUUGUGAAGAAACCACCCAAGGACACAAUACCGUGUCCCACUAUUGCUGAGUCUCGCAGAUGCAAAAUGGCCAUGAGGCACUGCAGGAGAGGAGGUUCAGGGAAGCAUCGAUCCAAAGACGCAAAGAAGAAGAACAAGCAGAGACUGCGAUUUUGGGCCCAAAACCAGCACAGUGACCACUUGGCCUCUGCACGCUCCAGCCAGUGA